AUGAGUCAUUAAUUAUCAAAUAUUGAGAAAAUAAAAUAGUAACUUCAUCUUUAAUAAUAAGUUAAAGAAAUAUUAGGAAAAGAAUACAUAGAUUUAUAAAAUAAAGAGCAUUUUAAAGUAUAUAUAAGAAUAAUAAUACAUAAAGGUUAUAAUUGAGAUUUUAGAGAAACCAAAAAAACAAAGAAUAUAAAAUGAAUUAUAAUUGUUAUCAAUGGCAUUUUCAUCAAUAAAAUAUUUUUAAGAAAUGAGUAAGACCACAAGUUAAGAUGAGAUGUUAAAUUUAUUUAGAGUAAAUUGUGAUAUUAAUUUAAGGAAUUGUAAUAUAUAGAAGUACCAGCAAGAAGAACUUUAUUUCGUUUAGGAGAUAUUGGUAAGAAUUUUUAUAUAAUAUUAAGUGGAUCAGUUUGGGUAAUGUAUUUAAUAAUUAUAAUAGGUAUUAGUUGGUAAAUCAGGACUUUAAAUUGGAGGAUUUACAAAAGAUGAUAAAAAAGUAGAACAUGAUGAAGGUACUGUAUAAGUAUAAUAAAAUAAAUAAUUUAAGGAUGAAUAUGAAUUUACGGAAUUAGAUGAUGAAAAUAUGUUAUAAUCUAAAUAUCCAAAUAUGAUGAAAGUAGGAUAAAUUGGAUAAGGAGGAAGUUUUGGUGAAAUUGCUUUAACUAAUUUUAUUCCUAGAUAAGCAACGAUUGUUUGCAAAGAAUAUUCAUAAUUUAUUACUUUAUCAAGAGAAGCUUUUAAUAAAUUUUUAUGUAUUAUUAUUCAUUAAUAAAUUAGCUGAAUAUUAUAGUAGAAUUCAAUUGAAAAAUUUUGAAUUUUUGAAAUCGAUUUCAAUAUUUAAUAAUUGGAAUGAUGCUGAAUUAAAUUAAAUGUAAUAUCAUUUAUAACCUAUUGAAUUUUGUUAUAAUACUUAGAUUUAUAGAGAAGGAGAAUUUGUUAAGUAUAUUUUUAUAUAAUUUUAGAGGUGUAUAUUUUAUAUUAGAUGGAUAAAUUGAAAUUACUCAAAAUGCUAAAAAUGAUAAUCAAAAUGAAAAUUAAAUAGCAAAGAGAAUGCAUAGAUCCUUAAGUAUUAUAAUUAAAAUUAUUAAGGCACUAAAAAUAUUCAAUUAAAAUUAAAUAGAUGUGGAUAUGGUUAACUAUUUGGUUAUUUAGAAAUAGUUUAAAAUCAUGAUUAUAGAUAAUCAAAAGCUGUAUGUCUAACUGAAAAAUCUAAAAUGCUAUUUUUACCUGCAGAUGUAUAAUAAUCUUAAAUUUAUUAGAGAUUCAAAUUGUAUUGUUGUCAUGGAGAAACACUUAAUGAAUUGAAUAAAUUAAUUUCUAAAUUAGAUCAAAAUAAAAAAAUAUCUAAAGAAAUAUUUCUAGGAUAAUAAGGAUCUGUAUAAUUUAAUGAUGAAUAUUAUUUCAAUUCUUUAACUUCCCCUAAUCAUAUUAAAACUUAAGAUGAUGAUGAUGAUAGAUAUGAAAAAGUUAGUUUGACAACUAAUAAUAGAUAAUCUUAAAAAAAUUAAUAAAAUUUUAUGUAAAAAAACUCUGAGAGAAAUUCUUAUAAAAAUUCUUAAUAAAAAUUAUAAAAAGAAAUUUUAGUUAAAAUACAACAUAAACCAACAAAUAUUUAAUCUUAUUAUGAAUUUAUAACUUAACAUUCAAAGGAGAAAUCUUUAUAAUUAACAAUAGAAUGUCCACUUAUAGAAAUUUAAUAGAGUAGAAAAGCUAAAGUAUUAUAAUAGUAAUUUUAAUAACAAUAUUCAACUAAAAACUUAAAUACACCAACUUAAAAGAAUUUAGAUUCAAAAGUAUCAUUAAUAUAAUAAUUAAAAUUACCUAAAAUAUUUAGAAAAUAAUAAAAAGGAGAUGAUGUUUAAUUAUAAGUAUCUCAUUUCGUAAGAUAACAUAAUUAAAGUGUUUAAAUAUAUUGA